GUAUCGUGGAGACUGACUUGGUGGAGUUGUGUGAAGGUUCUCCUACACACUUCAUAAUGGGGGAGCCACAGCAAGUCAGCGCUCUACCUAUACCCCCCAUGCAGUACAUUAAGGAGUACACAGAUGAAAACAUCCGCAAGGGCCUGGCCCCCAAACCUCCCCUCCCCAUAAAUGACAGCUACAUGAUGUUCGGCAACCAGUUUCAGUGCGACGACCUCAUUAUCCGCCCUCUGGAAACGCAGGGCAUCGAGAGGCUCCACCCUGUGCAGUUUGAUCACAAGAAGGAGCUGAGAAAACUCCUCAUGUCCAUCCUAGUCAACUUUCUGGAUAUGUUGGACAUCCUGAUCCGAAGCCCAGGCAGCAUCCGCAGGGAGGAGAAACUGGAGGACAUAAAGUUGUUAUUUGUUCACAUGCACCACCUUAUUAAUGAGUACAGACCCCACCAGGCACGAGAGACCCUGCGGGUUAUGAUGGAGGUGCAGAAACGCCAGAGGCUGGAAACAGCUGAGAGAUUCCAGAAACACCUGGAGCGAGUAGUGGAGAUGAUCCAGAACUGUUUGGCAUCGCUACCCGAUGAUCUCCCUCUUCCCAAUGGUGCAGACAGUGUAAAAACUGAACCCAUGGAUGUUCAGGAACCCUGCACUGACCAUCACAAAGGAUCCCAGGAGGCUGCGGCUUCUAUGAAAGAGGCCACAAUAGAUAAAGAUGCAGCUAUGUGUGUUAUCAUUGAUGAAAUGACCUAGACAGCUAAGACAUUCUAACCAGGACUCUUGAAUUUUGAAAGUCACUAGGAUUCAUUAAAAAGCAUUUGCUUUGG